AUCUGUGCCUACCUCACGAUAAAGUGUUGGAAGCUGACCUGGGACAAGACGUUAUGUUCGAUGUUUGUGUAAUGAUUCCUAACCCCGUAAUUGAUAUACCUCUAAUGGUUGCUUACAAAAAUACCUGGCUGUACAAGGGUCAAUGUGUAUCGAGAUUAUGCGUGACAUGGACCAACGUUAGAUUUGACCUGUAUCGUUUUAACGUGAAGAUAACUAUCUCAAAUGUGUCAGAGCGAGACUAUGGAGAAAUGGAAUUCAAGUUUGGCACUUCUUAUAUACAUGAAAAUUUAAGCGUCAAUUACUUUCCCGUACUUGUACAAAGAGGUACAAAGAACUCCAAAGAUAGAAACGACACAGACGAUUCUAUGAAAUAUAUGAUAGCCUUUAUUAUUCUAGUGCUGUUCUGUAUUAUUGGUUGCGGCUUAUUAAGCUUUAAAAAAGUAAGAAAAAGUAUUCAGCAAUUACGGUAAGCCUACAAUACACCUUUUUCGUGUAAUAAUCAUA